AUGAUGAAGAAGAGCGUUGUCAAGAAUCGCGCGCCGGCGCCUAUUCAGAUCACAGCUGAGCAAAUUUUACUCGAGGCGAAUCAACGAAAGGAAGAAUUUGCUCGUCCACCACGACGUCGUAUCGCUGAUGCCGCUGAAUUGGUCGAGUACCGUAUGGGUAAGCGCAAAGCAUUUGAAGAUGAGUUACGUCGUCAACGUCAUCACAUGGGAACGUGGAUGAAAUAUGCGACAUGGGAAGAAAGUCAAGAAGAUUUUACACGUGCACGUAGCGUCUUUGAACGAGCAUUGGAUGUUGAUUACAAAUCCACAAGUGUUUGGCUUAAAUACGCAGAGAUGGAAAUGCGUCAUAAGUUUGUCAACCACGCACGUAAUGUAUGGGAUCGAGCGGUGACGUUAUUACCUCGUAUUGCACAGUUUUGGUACAAAUAUGCUUUUAUGGAGGAAAUGUUGGGAAAUUUAAAUGGUGCACGACGGGUUUUUGAGCGCUGGAUGGAGUGGCAGCCGAAUGAACAGGCUUGGUAUUCGUAUAUAAAGCUGGAAAUAAGGGCAAAGAAUAUUCCAAGAGCAAGAGCAUUGUAUGAACGCUAUGUCAUGUGUCAUCCAGGAGAGAAGGCAUAUAUUAAGUAUGCCAAGUGGGAAGAACGGUCGCAAAAGCAGCUUGCAUUGGCUCGAAGAGUGUACGAAAGAGCAUUAGAGGAGCUGCGUAGUGACGAAAAGACAGAGCAGAUUUAUUUAGCUUUUGCCCUAUUUGAAGAGCGAUGUCGCGAGUUGGAACGAGCGAGAGCGGUGUUUAUGUACGCUUUAGACACACUGCCGAAGGAAGAGGCACCGGCACUUUACAGUGCGUUUAUUACGUUUGAAAAGCAACACGGCGAUAAGAAUAGGAUUGAGGAGGUUGUAAUUGCUAAGAGGCGCGUUGUGUACGAGCAACAGGUGGCUACUAACGCGCUGGACUACGACUCGUGGCUUGAGUACAUUAAACUGGAAGAGAAUGAGGCAGUAGGGUUGCAGUCGUUUGGCUUUGUGCGGGAAGUUUACGAGCGUGCUAUUGCAAAUGUGCCACCUAUUCCUGAAAAGAAAUACUGGCGUCGGUAUAUAUACCUCUGGAUCAAGUACGCGUUGUUUGAAGAGUUGCUGGCGGGAGACAUCGACGACAGCGGCAGCUUUUCCGAGCGCUGCAAGCAGGUGUAUCAGACGUGUCUGAAGCUGAUUCCACAUGAAAAGUUUACAUUUGCCAAGAUUUGGAUACUUUACGCCAAGUUCCUCAUUCGCCAGCGUGACGUACAAGAAGCGCGUAUGACGCUUGGAGAAGCCUUGGGUCGCUGCCCGAAGAAGAAACUUUUUGUUAGCUAUAUUGACCUGGAGCUCAUGAUGGGUGAAAUUGACCGUUGUCGCAAGAUUUACAUGCGUUUCCUAGAGUUUGACCCGCAAAAUUGUGAAACGUGGCAGAAAUACGCCAUGCUCGAGAGGCAGGUUGGCGAAGUCGAGCGUGCACGUGCGAUAUACGAAUUGGCUAUCAAGCAGCCGGUCCUGGACAUGCCCGAGAUGAUCUGGAAACACUACGUUGAUUUUGAGAUUGAAAACGGUGAGCGGGAUAAUACGCGUGCACUGUAUGAGCGGUUGCUGGAGCGUACGAAGCACGUUAAGGUUUGGAUUAGUUUUGCCCAGUUUGAGGCAUCGUCGCCUGACAAUAAGGACGCUCAAGGCGAGAAUUUAGAGGCAGCACGCGAUGUAUUUGAGCGUGCAUUGCGGCAUAUGAAAGAGCAAGGUGGUGAUGAACUUAAGGGAGACCGCGUCUUGUGCAUGGAGACGUGGCUAGAGAUGGAGAAGAAGAGCGGGGAUACGAAAAUGAUCCAAAAGGUCAGCAACAUGCUGCCGCGGAAGGUCACGAAGCAGCGCAUGGUGUACGCACAGGAUGGAACGGAAUUAGGUCUCGAAGAGUACACGGACUACAUUUUUCCAGAUGAUAAACAGGCUCAAUCGCAUCUCAAGCUACUGCAGGCCGCUCAAUUAUGGAAGCAGAAAAAACGUCCGCGCGAUGAGGCAGUAGUGGAAGACUAA